AGAAGUGGCUUGAAAUACAAUAGAUCAUCCAUUGUCUGCUAAGGAAACCAAAUGCGAUUGUAGACUGAAAAUGGAGCCUGAAAAAAAUUCUACAUGGGACUCCUUUAAGUUGAAGGCAAAGCCUUUAUUUCAAAAUAUUAGCACAAAAAUGUCAAAAAAGACAAUAAGUAAACAUGUUGUAAGAAAACAUCUUACUUUGGACCGCCGAUUGAGCUCAUCAGUACCAGACAUGUUGCAAGAUGAUCUUGACUCAUUGGACAACUCCCUUCAAACAACUGAUCAUUCAUCUGUUUUAUCACUUUCAAGCAGUCCAUUAACACUGGCAAAUCAAUCCCAUCAUUGUGAUGACUGCCCAUCUGUGGCCAUAGAAAAGGAAAAAAGAGUGCAUCUUGAGGAGGAGAGGUUUAGGUCUCAGAUCUGUGUAACGGAAAAAGAAAUGUAUAUUUUCACUUCAGAAGUCCAGAAAGAGUCAAAUGAAGAGACCAUUACAGAACCGCAUCAGGGGACAAGUACAGUUGAAGACAUGGUAUGCGAUUUGACUGAGGAUCCCAGUGAAGGGACUGAUCUGGAAUCUUCACAUUCUUCUCAGUUCUUUGAAGAGCAUGGGCUGCUUGGUGAAGGUGGAGAUUCUUUGAGCAGCUUACCCAGCAGCACCUCAUACCUUCUCACAGUGCACUUGAAAGCAGGAAAAGGGCUCGUCAUCAGGGAUCGUUCAGGCACUAGUGAUCCAUAUGUAAAAUUUAAAAUGGAUGGAAAAACUUUCUACAAAAGUAAAACUGUCUACAAGAAUCUGAAUCCAGUAUGGGAUGAAACCUUUACAUUACCAAUUCGAAAUUUGGACCAAGUGCUGCAUGUCAAGGUCUAUGAUAGGGACCUGACCACUGAUGACUUCAUGGGGUCAGCAAUCCUCGCUUUCAGUGAUCUUGAGCUGAACAGGACAGCAGAAAAGAGUCUGAAACUAGAUGACCCUAAUAGUUUGGAAGAAGACAUGGGAGUAAUAUUACUGAAUGUUACACUGUCGAUCAAGCAAGGCAGUAUCAAGAGACGUAAAUGGUCAAGCAUAAGGAAAAGAAACAGCUCAAAGGCUGGGUCUGUUCAGAAUAUACAGUUAUCAGAAUCCUUACGGAAGAGCCAGCUUUGGAGUGGCAUUCUUAGCAUCACAUUGGUAGAAGGAAGGAAAUUCCCAAAAGAAGUUAUAGUAGAAUCAUAUGUGAAAUUUAGACUGGGAGAUCAAAAAUAUAAAAGCAAGACAGUAUGCAGAAGUGAAAGCCCUCAGUGGAGAGAGAAGUUUGAAUUUCACUACUUUGAGCAGAUAACUAUGUUGGACAUUGAAGUCUGGGGGAAAGACAGCAAAAAGCAUGACGACUGUUUAGCACUGUGUAGUGUUGAUCUAGUCACACUGCCACACGGACAAGUCAAUUAUCUGAACUUACCCCUGAGAAAUGGGCAAGGAGUUGUCAUAGUUCUCAUCAUUUUCACUCCAUGUGCAGGAGUCUCUAUAUCAGACUUGUGUGCUUGCCCACUGGAAGAUCCCACUGAGAAACAGCAACUCCUUCAGAGAUAUCAUCUGAAGAAUUCCUUUAAGAAUUUGAAAGACAUUGGCUUUCUACAAGUAAAAGUUAUUCAAGCAGUGGACCUUCGAGCUGCAGACCUUUCAGGUAAAAGCGAUCCCUUCUGUGUCCUUGAAUUGGGUAACGAUAGACUACAAACCCACACAGUUUACAAGAACCUUAGUCCAGAAUGGAAUACUGUUUUUACCUUUCCCAUUAAAGAUAUCCAUGAUGUUUUAAAAGUCAGUGUAUUUGAUGAAGAUGGAGACAAGUCACCUGAUUUUCUUGGGAGAGUCGCCAUUCCCUUGCUUUCUGUAAAAAAUGGGAAGCAGAUAAUGUAUGUGCUGAAAACCCCCGAUUUGGGUAAGGUAUCAAAAGGAGCAAUUUAUCUGCAGAUGGAUGUUAUCUGGAACACAGUCAAAGCUAGUAUAAGAACAUUUACACCUCGUGAAAAGCAGUUCAUAGAAGACAAUCCAAAGUUCUCAAAAACAAUAUUAACAAGGAAUGUUACUCGUGUGAAAACGAUCACAAUGGCUGUGUGGAACACAAUACAGUACAUUCAGAGCUGUUUUCAGUGGGAGUCCAAACUACGGAGUUUAAUAGCUUUUUUGCUAUUUGUUAUCAUUGUAUGGUACAUGGAACUGUUCAUGCUCCCCCUUGCACUCUUAGUGCUUUUCACAUAUAACUAUAUCCUGAUCCGGACUGGGAAGAUCAGCUCAUCCAGCAGUCUGGACAUGGACAUUGGAGACGAUGAUGACGAUGAUGACAAAGAUUCUGAAAAAAGGGGGUUGAGAGGAAAGAUCCAGAUGGUUCAAGAUACAGUUAUAGCAGUUCAAAAUAUUCUGGAUGAAAUAGCAAGUUUUGGUGAAAGGAUUAAAAAUACUUUCAAUUGGACAGUUCCUUUCUUGUCGAAGCUUGCUUGUCUAAUAUUGGCAGCAGUUACAGUUGUAUUGUAUUUCAUCCCACUAAGAUACAUCAUUUUAAUAUGGGGCAUAAACAAAUUUACUAAGAAGCUGAGAAAUCCCUAUGCCAUCGACAAUAAUGAGUUACUGGAUUUCCUCUCCAGGGUACCAUCAGACAUCGAAAAAGUGCAGUACACAGAGUUGAAAAACAGCAGCAGCUACCAAAGUCCCUCAAGGAGGAAAAAGAAUGUUUCUUAGAAAACUCCAGCCAUGAUUGAUCCAGUACAAUAUUCCAAUCAUUGCCAUACAGUUUUCCAAAACCAGUGAAGAUAAGCACCAUAGAAGAGACUGUGACAACUCUUUCAUGGUUGCAGGAUGUUGGUAAUAAAAACAGUAUGUUGCAGGUGAAGAAUACAUUUUUUUCUACACAGAGACGUAACUGUUUUACAUCAGGGUCACAUGCAGUUACAGUUCCCUCUUAGUUUCUACUUUUUUUUCACCUAGCAAUUUAAAUGAGAAAAGAUUUGCUCUGGUAACUCAUCAGAGUAAUUAUAGAUUGCAAUGGCAAAGCUGGCAUGUGGCAUAGAUGACCUUGUAAAGGUACUACAGUGUCAAUCUAAAGACAUAAAAAAAACUGCAGGACAGUCAUCUGUCAUUAAGUAGUAAGGAUGAAAUCUUUUACUAAUAGCAACUUUAUUCUCUUUGCUGUUGUGCCAAGGAAGUGUCAAAUCUUGGAAGAGCUUAAAUUUCCCUGAAAGAUGAACGUAUGUUGUUUAAAAUUGCUCAAAGGGAUGUGCCAGUUUCAGUUUAAUAGCACUAAGCGACUUGCUAAUAUAGCAUGUAAGAAUGCAGCAAAGCACUUUGUAUUAUACGUCAUGUUUUUUUACAAGCCAUGGAUAGAUUUUCAAUCCAAAGCUGUUUUGAAAGCAUACAUUUCUCAUGCAGACAUAAUAUAAUAAUAUGUGUUUAAGACUUUGUGCAUGUAUGAUAACUGCUGCUUUUAAGUUCAGAUCACUUUUGUUUUGCACACGAGUUGACAUCUGGAAUUCCUACAGGCAUCUCCUGCACUUUAUAUAAUUCUGGGGGAAUACCUUUCUGAGUUUUUCUGGACAUAAGAUGUUCUGUACCAAUGAUCAGAAUUUUUCAGGAAAACACAGCAUUAACUUAUUUAGACACUGCCAAUGUGUCUGUUGUGUUCUUUUACUCCAGUGCAAUUUAAUUUUGUUCCAAAGAUAUUUUAAUAUAUUGUUCAUACGGCUUGUCCUGAAAAGCAAUGCACAUUUUUACUACUGUUUGUAUCCCAGUACAUUAUGCAUUUCUCACAGUCAGUCUCUGUGUUGCAUGUAAUGUGAUGCUGCUAUGCUCUAGAACUUCAGCACUCUGGACAAAAGGAUGAAUAAUAACUUUAGAAGCAAAAAGAUAAUUCUGCAGAUGACAUAAAUAACCAGUUUCAAAUAUUUUUUAGAAUGGAAGCCAAAGAAGGUUUAGAACCAGUAAAAUACACUAACAUGCAAAGUAGAACUAAAGCAUAUUUAAGGAAACAAAAAAAUUAUUUUGCUAAGAAGUGCUACUGAUCUUUCUGUGCCACAUGAUCUCUUGCUCUUACACCAGAAUAACCCAAAUGUUAUCAUGAUGUAGACAAUAAAAUUGAAAUGAUGACUAUACAAGAAGAACCUUACUUCCUUACAUGGUGUUUGUGAUAUUUUAUCCAUUUGAUACCACAUCAGGGACAAGUGUAGCAUUAUGUUUAAUGUAAAAAAAAAAAAAACAAACAAGAAAAACUGCAGAGCUCUGAUGCUAACACCAAAACUGUUUAGCAGAUGAAGGUGCUCACUUACGAUUUUGUAAAUAAAGUCAGUUGCUUUGUUUGGAGUUUGAAUAGCUCCUGUGUGGUGAUUUAUAUUUAUCGUACUUUGUUGAUCUGUAAUGCUAAAGGCCUAGGCUUGAAUCAUUUCAGCUCCCAUUCACAUAGUGUGUGUGACACUAUUAACUUAUUCCUGCUCUCAUGUUCCCUGACAAACGGGGUUGUAUCUGGUGAGCCUAAUGUACUGAUUAGCAAGUAAACUGUUAAAUGUAGAAAUAAUGCAUAGUUGAAAACACAACCCUGCUGUCUGUGUUAACCUUUAAUUGAUUUUACAAGAUGCCAUAUAGAAUAAGACAGUUACAUGAAAUUAGUACAGGCUAUGGAAAGUGAAAACAACUACAGAAUCUACAACAUUUUGAUUUGGUGCUUCUGUGUUUUGUUGUGCUUACUUGAACAAUGCAUGUGCUUGCAGAGGAGAAACAGAAGCUGCAUACCUUCUUCAUAUGACUAUCGUUAAGAGAUUCUGAACUUUGUCAUCUACAAAUGCAACAUCCAGGGUGUGUUGCUACAGAGAAAAUGGAGAGACUGUGAGUUUUGCAAACUGCAUGUUCUCCUCAUGGUUAGCGUUUUCAAUUUUGGGGAGAACUAAUCCCCACCCCUGCAUUGUUUAGGGACUUCACAUAUAUUUUAGUGUCCUACAUAAGAUGCUGUAGGGUAAAUUAAUAUUUUUGUUGAAAAAGGAAGGUUGUGCCAUUUGUUUGCAUGUAGUAUGUGGGGAAAGUGUCUGUAGCACUGAAUUCAUUCCAGCAGACUGUUCGGGCUACUAAAAUUGUUGCAGCUUGUCAUUGCCUGCUUUGCACCAUUUCAGGUGGUAUUUUGAAAUCUAGUUCCCUCAGCUAUUGUAGCUGUUCCCAGGGAUAGACGACAUUUUGCACACUAUUUUAUGUUUUCUGCAUUUAUGACUGAGCUCUUUUAAACCUCAGCAAUGUUUUGUGGUGUCCUAGUACUGCAGUCAUAUGCACAAGAACCAGGCUUAACUAAUGUAAACUGCUUUCUGUAGAAACUGUUUUCCCUUCUAUAUUCUACAUAUUUUUCUCAAAAGGUAAUUAUGAUUCAAAUGUACAAGUUACCAUCAAAGAGUGCCAUAGAUUUAUGCACUUGCUUUAUGACUCUGUUUCAUGUUUCAUUGUAACCUGGAGCUCUUCUCCCCAGGCCUCUACUGAAAAGCGAUUCCCUACCUAGUAUAAGUUUCCUUGUAAACAAAUGCUUAUACAGUAUAAUAUAUAAAUAAUUGUUCUUCAGUAAGUAUUCUACCACAGUGGAAUUUGCCUUACAUUGCAAGACUCAUAGAUUGAAAAAAAAUGACUUGCAGUACUAACUUCAGUCCCUGUAAUUUUUAUCAUUGUUCAGUAUUCUUAACCAUUUGGUGUCACUGCCAAAAUUCUGUCACAGGUAUGCAUGGUAAUGGGAACUGAGUAACCCAUCAGUGACUAACUGUGACUGAAAUGGUCCUCUAAUGUUUGCCUUCUCUACGGUUUAAGGCUGCUUUUCAUACUGCCAUUAAAAGACAUCAACCUGUGUGGUGAGUGCGAUGGUGCAUUCACAGUAAUGAACGCAAAUCUUUAGUAAAAUUUCUCAAGGAGUCCUUGUGUUUAAGGAUUUAUUAUGUAAGUGUAAGCACUGCCAAUAGUGAAAUUCACCAUUUACUCCAUCUGAGUUAUUUUAACUUCCAAACUCCAGACUUUGAUAGACUGAUACAGUUUGAUUUUGUACAAUCAAAAUUUGAAUUACAGCUAUGAAUAAAAGGGCUAAUGUUUU